GCCGUGUGCUCCACUAUAUUACAAAGUGGCAUACUAUGUACUUUCUGCGCUUUUUAGCUGGUAAAAGAGCUUUUUAUUCUGAAGUUUUCCUUUCCAUAAGGCAGAUGGAGUCAUCCAAGUCGAGGAAGACUACUACCACUUCGUUAAGGUCUCUUUCUAACGAUGGUAAACGUAAGAUUGAUUAUGGGAAACCCAAAUCUGAAAGAGGUCGGGAAGUCAGUCCGUCACGCCUUUAUUCUGUUAUUGGAACAGUAGGUUUAUCACUCCUGAUGUUUAUGAGAUGGUUCCUUGGCAUUGUCCUCAUCGGUCCAGUGCAACAAGUGAAUAGAACGUUUGAUCGUAAUCAACAGUCGAAAAAUUCCGCCUCCAACCAAGAGUCGAAACCUAAGUGUGUGCGCGCUUUUAUACUCGAUGAUGUGGCGUCAUGUGACAAACUUUUGCAAUCCUACAGAUCACAGUAUCCUCUUAAAUUGAAUUUUCUUGGAAUAGAUUGCGAGUGGGUAAACAAGAAAGACCAAAUAAACUCUCCGGUUGCAUUAUUACAGAUUGCAACACCUUUGUCUGAUUGCUUUCUUGUUCGCUUGUGUAAAAUGAAUGGGCAAAUGCCUGAAACUGUGAGAGAGAUUCUAGAAGAUAAAAGCAUCCUUAAAUUUGGUGUUGGAAUAAUGGAUGAUGUCAAGAGACUGUCUGGGAUGUGUGGUGUCAAUGUGUCUGGCUGUAUAGAUCUGAGGCACGUGGUUCACAGAUGCCAUGAGGGGAGCCAUGUCCAAUCUAGAAAUCAUAAGAUGAGCUUGGAUGCCUUAGCCAAGAGAGUUCUUGGUGUGACCAUGGACAAGUAAUGGAGAAUUCGCUGUGGUAACUGGGAAGCAGAUGAGCUUGAAAGAAGGCAGAUUGAGUAUGCAAUGAAUGAUGCCAUGGUUGCAAGUCAUAUUUUUCUGAGACUAGUAAAAUCAAAAUUGGAUGAAAGAAAAAUGGUGAGAUCUGUAUUCACACCAGCUGGGGAAUCUGUUAAUGUUAUAAAGAGUUUAAGCACAUAUUUUGGAGCUGUGUUGCCUGAAGAGAGCAUCAGCAUGGUUGGUAAUCAGGAAACUAAUUCAGGAAUGCACUGCAGUAAUUCUAGAAUGUGUGAUCAUGAUGAACAGAAGCUGGAAGAAUACAACAAUGGUUUUAUUUUUGAUACACAGGAGCUUGAUGUUUUUAACUUUACAGCAGAUCUAAGCAAGUUGGAGUCAGAACAUGAUGAAGACAAAGGAUAUCUUCAUCAAGAAGAAGUCCUCUCUCUUCUACAGGAUUCAUUCUUUUGUCAAAGAGCAAGUUCACUCUGUCAAGGAGUUACAGAUGUAUCAUUUAGGAAUGUAAAAAUAAGUACUGCAGCAAAGGAUAAAAGCAAAAGGAAAGAAGGAGUGACAGAAAUGUGUGACAGGAAACCUUACAAACGAGGCACUAUUAGAAAAUCUCCUCUUUACAUGAACUGUAUGCUUGCUGCUCCGGAUGGAUCAAGGUUGUGUACUUUGGAUCGUAAGAAGGCAGACUGGUACAUUGAAAAGGGAUUUGGCAAGCUGACAAACUUUGACCCUUACACAGUCCAGCUCAACUUUGAACCCUCAGGGAGGCCUGGGUCAGGGGAUUCUUAUUACCUCAAUUUCAAAGACAACAUAUGUGUUGUGUGUGGAAGUGAUAAGAGUUACAUGAGGAAAAACAUUGUUCCUCACGACUACCGCAGACACUUUCCAUUGGUCAUGAAGGAUCAUCAUUCACAUGAUGUGUUACUUAUGUGCCCGGAAUGCCAUCGUCUGUCCAAUUUUCAUGAUGACAAGUUGAGGAAAGAACUGGAGAGGAACUACAAUGCUCCUUUGGGAAAUGCAAGUGUGGCCCGCCUCUUUGAAGAUCCUGAUCUAAAGAAAGUCAACUCAGCUGCAAAAGCUUUGAAUCAUAAUGCACAUCAAUUGCCUUUAGCUAGGCAUCAACAACUCACUGGCAUUGUCCAAGAACACUUUAAUGUGUCUACCUUGACACCCGAAAUAAUUCAAGAAGCUGCGACGAUGGAAACUCGGAAAGAGAAUUCUAAUUACAUGUCGCAUGGACAAGAAGUCGUGAAAAAGAUCCGGGAGGAGGGCAAAUUGCUCGAGUUUGAAAAAAUGUGGAGACAGCACUUUCUGGACACGAUGCGCCCGCGUCAUCUGCCACCUUUGUGGUCAGUUGACCAUCGUCAUGACAGUUUAAAGGAAAGAAUUGAGGAUUUAAAUGACGGUUAAUGAAAAUAUCAGUUGUACUUCCACCAAAAAAGAAAAUAGUUAAAGAACCGUCAAUUACGAUAAUUUUUUUACUGAAAGAGCUGUUUUUACGGAACGCGCAAGGUUGCCGUGGCAACUGGUAGCUGGCGGCUGAUAAUUUUAUGUGACCCUUAACUGAUAAAGUUUGUUCGCAUUUCGGAACAAAGAAUGUCUGCGGACAAAUAUCCGUGUAUACUUUAGCGACAAAUGGAGGGGUUUUUUUUAUUUAUCACGUGACCGUACCUGCAAAUCACUCCCAAAUCAAAAUUUUGUAAUUGAAUGAAUCUAGACUUUUCCAAAUCUCUCUUGUUGGCGAUACAUUUAUUCACUUUCUCGUUUGUCAUCGUAACAUCCUGUCUUGCCUGGUAGUAACCCUUGUUCUCAUUAACCGUUUACUUUUGUUUAUUUUUGUCGUCGCUGGAGAUGAAGCUGAACUAAAUAAAUUGAAAAGGGUUUUGUUAACUUAAAUUUCAUCGAAGUAAAGAGCUAGAAAAGCUGCAUAAACUUUCAUAUAUUUUUAGCUACGAGGCCGGCCAGUUCACAGAAGAUGACAAGGUUCGAAAGGGUCUACAGGAUUCAUGAUGCCUUUUUAACAUUCGUAUUGAUUAAAAGAAAAGUUGCAUUAAAGUCAGUUCUGAGACUGUCU